AUGGUGGGAAGAUCCGGGCGGCGCGCGCGCGGAGCGGCCGAGUGGGCAGCGGUGCGAGCGAAGGCAAGUCGCGGCCCAGCGGAAGAAAAUGGAGAGGACUUAGAGUCUCCACCCUCAGCGGGGGACUCAAGCUACUACCAGGAUAAGGUAGAUGAAUUCCAUGAGGCCCGAUCUCAUGCCGCCUUGGCUAAGGGCUGGAGCGAAAUAGAGAGUGGGGACGAGGAGGAUGGCGAUGAGGAGGAGGAGGUGCUUGCCCUAGAUGUUGCCGAUGAGGACGAUGAAGAUGGAGAAAGUGAGGAGGGUGACGAUGAUGAUGAUGAUGGUGGGAGCUCCGUGCAGAGUGAGGCUGAGGCUUCUGUGGAUCCCAGUUUGUCGUGGGGUCAGAGGAAAAAACUUUACUACGACACGGACUAUGGCUCCAGGUCCCGAGGCCGGCAGACUCAACAAGAAGUAGAGGAAGAGGAGAGAGAGGAGGAGGAGGAGGCACAGCUCAUUCAGCGGCGCUUAGCCCAAGCCCUGCAGGAGGACGAUUUUGGAGUUAGCUGGGUGGAGGCUUUUGCAAAACCAGUACCUCAGAUAAAUGAGGCUGAGACACGUGUCGUGAAGGAUUUGGCGAAAGUUUCCGUGAAAGAGAAGCUGAAAAUGCUGCGAAAGGAAUCUCCAGAGCUCUUGGAGCUGAUAGACGACUUGAAAGUUAAGUUGACAGAGAUGAAGGAUGAGCUGGAGCCACUGAUACAGUUAGUGGAGCAAAAGAUCAUCCCCCCUGGAAAAGGAAGCCAAUACCUGAGGACCAAAUACAAUCUCUAUUUGAACUAUUGCUCCAACAUUAGUUUUUAUCUGAUCCUGAAAGCUCGGAGAGUCCCUGCACAUGGACAUCCUGUCAUUGAAAGGCUUGUUACCUACCGAAAUUUGAUCAACAAGUUGUCGGUCGUGGAUCAGAAGCUGUCCUCUGAAAUCCGUCAUCUGCUCACACUUAAAAGUGGUGCUGGAAAGAAAGAACUGAAUUUAAAAGCAAAAUCCAUGAAGGCCAAGUCAAAAUCAGUUUCAGAGACUUCUGCUGCUGCCUUAACUGUUCCAGACCUUUCUGAUGAUUCUGAUUUUGAUGAAGAAGCGGCACUGAAAUACUAUAAAGAAAUGGAAGAGAAACAAAAAUUAAAGAGAAAGAAAGAAGAAAAUAGUACCGAAGAACAGGUUCUUGAAGAUCAAAAUGCAAAGAGAGCCAUUACUUACCAGAUUGCUAAAAAUAGGGGACUUACACCUAGGAGAAAGAAGAUUGAUCGGAAUCCCAGAGUGAAACACCGGGAGAAGUUCAGAAAAGCCAAAAUUCGCAGAAGAGGCCAGGUUCGUGAAGUUCGUAGGGAAGAGCAACGUUAUACUGGUGAACUUUCUGGCAUUCGUGCAGGAGUUAAAAAGAGCAUUAAGCUUAAGUAA